CCGCUUGGGGCCCUCCCUCCACUGCCGGAAGGAGCCGUCGUCCCGGGCAACCACGACGUCCGGUUUUCAGUUUGGCGGCGGGAAACGGCCAUGAGUAAAGGCCGAGCGGAAGCUGCGGCGGGGGCCCCCGGAAUCCUCCUGCGGUACCUGCAGGAACAGAACAGGCCCUACAGCGCCCAGGACGUGUUCGGGAACCUGCAGAGGGAACACGGGCUGGGCAAGGCGGCGGUGGUGAAGGCGCUGGAGCAGCUGGCCCAGCAGGGCAAGAUCCGAGAGAAGACCUACGGCAAGCAGAAGGUCUAUUUCGCCGACCAGGACCAGUUUGACACUGUGAGUGAUGCUGAUCUCCAGAGCCUGGACACCAAGAUCGUGGCCCUCACAGCGAAGGUGCAGGGCCUGCAGCAGAGCUGCCGCCACAUGGAGGCUGAGCUGAAGGAGCUCACGAGUGCCCUGACCACCCCAGAGAUGCAGCGUGAGAUUGAGCAGCUGAAGGCUGAGUGCGCUGGCUUCGCGGAGAGGCUGCGGGGCAUCAAGGGCGCCCCCAAGCGUGUGACCCCUGAGGAGAAGGAGCAGGUGCACAGAGAGCGGCAGCGGUUCUGCAGGGAGUGGCGGACGCGCAAGAGGAUGGCGACUGAGCUGUGCGAGGCGAUCCUCGAAGGCUACCCCAAGAGCAAGAAACAGUUCUUCGAGGAAGUCGGCAUCGAGACAGACGAGGAUCAUAACGUGGCGCCCCCGGACCCCUGAGGGCCUCCCUGGGAACCAGUGGCUGCCCCAGCUCUUCCCAGUUGUCCGCUGCUCCGGCUUGGAGCUGAGUGGCACGGGGCGGGGGCGGGCGGGCUGGGCGGGAUGGGGACCGCAGGGCCGACUUAAGUCCCACUGUGAUGGUUUGUGAGAGCGUCACUGGCAGGCUUGGAGCAAGGCUAAAGGAACGCAUGUGAUGUUUAUUUCACUUUCAUACAAAAAUACUGACUUUCUUGCAGGCAGUCAGAUUUCAGGGGGCGCUGGGGCCCUCGGCGGUGAGGUUGGUGUCCCCAGCACCCACCCAGGGCUUCCGCCCCGCGCCCAGGGCAGACAGGUGGCCCUGGAGGUGUGGAGUCCCUAGCACACUGGAAGAGAAGGGAAGGCUGAGGGGUAGUCUGGAGGCCGGUUAAUUUUCCAAAGUUGUAACUAGCAAAAUUGUGUUGUUGGUGUUUAAAAAUAUAAGAUUUCCAAUAUGCA